CACUCCUCCUGGUGAUUAUCGACGGAAAUAGAUAGACGUGGUUACUGCAAUAAGGCGGGUGGGUCGAAGUUCCAUGCGUGAGUCCCUCUCAAAGGUCCAACAGAUGAGUUUGCCCCGCAACGGCCUGCCCAGUUGCCUCCAGAAGUCCCUCUUAACGUCCCCUCUAAAACCGCCCCGAAAGAAGGGCAAGCCCAUCGAAAGAGUCUCUACGUUGUCCACUUCAUUGACUUCGCCCGAGUGCAGUAGCCACAAGGCGCUGCCGAAUGCAUCUGCCAGUGCAUUAUGGGGAUUCAACGUUUACCACUCCCCCGAGUUGGACCAGGAAGAAAUGGACAAAUUGCACCGGCGGCGACUACUGCAAGAGAAACUCAAGGUGGACCGGGAACGGAAAAUGCAAGCCGACGCGUCCAAAGCCGAGCAAAAACGACUCGCCCAGCGCUUGGACUACACAAAGUACUUGUACUUUGCCUCGAAGUACGGACCAUUGCACGCUUUGCUGUAUUGCUGCACAGACUUUCCAGGUCGGGUGUACGACCUGCUCGUGCAUCGAACGGCCACAACGCUUCAGCACUGGGCAGUGCACUACAUGACAGUACUCAAGCGCCAUGCACGAUUCGUCGUGUCUCGCGAAUUCGUGGCCGUGACGCUGGGCGCGGCCGUGUCGAAACGAGUGGCUGUCCUGACCCAACACCACCACGCGCAUCAGUUGCGCCGACGUAUUUUCUACCGCGUUCAAUACCGCGUGUUUAUAGCGUGGCGGGCAGAAACUGACCGAGGCAAACUCAUUACGUCGAAAUUCCAACGUGCGAUGGCUACGACAUUGGCCGGUCGUUUCGUGACAUGGAAAGACAUGAUGGCCACACGCAAGAUGGUUCGACAGGGAAAGUUGUGCCAAGCGUCCGUCAAAGUAUUUCACCGGGCGCUGUUCAACCGCUUUUGGCACUGGAAAAAGUGUGUCGACAAAACCAAACACAUUCGCAGUCGGUUUACCAACGCGUGCACCCGACGUACGCUGGACUGCUGGCAGCAGUGGCGUCAGUUUUCUACGUUUGCGAUUACUUACAAGGCCCAAGCCAUCACCAUGCAGCGCGUAUGGAAAGGACAUUGCGUGCGUCAAUACCAACGUUGUCAGAAGCUUGCGGCAAUAAAACUGCAAGCAUGGACUCGUGGACGGUCGGCGCGGCAGUACGCAAAAAAAUUGCGUGAACAGAUGCACCUUGUGGGGGUGAAGCUUCGGUUUCAACUUCGAAAAGACAUGGUGACGUUACACGAGACUUUCAACAGCAGCGUCCGUGCCGCCAUCGCUGCCGAACACUCGCGACAAGUGUUGGAACAGCAAGCAAUGCACCGAGCGCGUGAACUGGCUAAGCGCGACGCCUCCGAAGCGUUGGUCAAGAUACUGGGCAAUGCAUACCGCGCCAUUCUAAAGGACAAAAUUGCAUUGUUCAAGUCCGAGUUUGGUAUGGAUUCCAAGCGGGCUACCAUCAAAGCCACUGAAGAAGUCAUUCAAGAGGCUCAGACCAAGGCUGCGGAUUACGAACGCGUUGUGUUUCGUCAGACCCACAGCGCGCCUCCGUCAGUGUGCACCAAGUGCCAGGCUGGAUUGCCCCUGGCAACUUGUCCUCACGUCUGUGGCGAGUCCGAUGGGGAGCGGGCACAGCGGCAGGCUGCGUGGGUCCAGGAGACGUUGCACACACAAGCUAUGGCAUUGGCCGCACUCGACACCCGACCGCUGCCGUACGCAGAACGGUAUCGGUACCUACUGCAGUUGAAUAAUCAAAACGAAACCGUGCCUCUUCACUACAAUCAAAGUACGUACCGGUACCUAUAACGUUAGUAGUAACAAACUACUUUGCCCUUGUUGAAAGCAUGAAUAAGCCAAAUCAAUGAAACAUUUCGU